UACGUGCGGUGCAGCCACUCUCUCUUCUGUUGUCGUUUAUUCUUCACCUGCACAUGUGUGUUAGCUCCUAUUUUAAAAAAAAAAGCUUUGACCAGAGGAGUUUACGGGUUCAGUGCGGUUUACGGAAAAAAAAACAGACCCAGCCGGAUAUGUCACACGUAGGAACGCUCACUUACGACUUUUGACCAAGCUGCUAGCCACUUUUAGCUUUGUAACGCUAGCUUUUAACCUCAGCAAAUACUUGUUAGUUUGUAGGAAUAAGUGAAGUAGCUUGUGUUGUUGUGUUGUUGUUUGCUAGCGGAAAAACUCGACUUGGAAACCUGUAACGCUAACUUCUAAACAGAUAAGGAGGUCGGCGGACCUGCUGACCUUCCGUUGACUGCUGCUGGGUGUGUGUGUGUGUCUGUGUGUGUGAAUGGACAGAGUGAACACCCGACCAGAGGACUGACAGCACCCGGUAUGUCUGCUGCGUAACAGCAGCACCGAGCAGGACCCUUCAUUCAACGCUCCCAGCUGGACUUUUUUUUUUUUUUUUUUUUUUUUUUUAUGGCCGAGUUUAUGGUUGUGUGUUCGGUUAGAAGAAUGACUCGCCGCUCCGUGGUGAACCUGGUGUGUCUGGGGAAUCGAGCUGUCAGCUUAAUGUACGGGACGUCGCCUCGCCCCCUCCACACUACCAUAUGCAACACUUCAUCACAGCCCAAAACUGGCUUCACACCGGAGAAAGUGGCGGUGGUGACAAAGACUACACGGUAUGAGUUUGAACAGCAGCGGUAUCGCUACUCAGGUCUGUCAGAGGAGGACUUAAAACAGCUGCUUCGUAUGAAAGGUUCCAGUUACAGCGGCCUGCUGGAAAGACACAACAUCCACACCAGCAAUGUGGAGCAUAUUGUAAAGAGCCUGCGGAAAGAAGGCAUCGAGGUGCGAGUGGUGAAAAGAGGAGAGUAUGAUAAAGAAGUGGUGCGAUGGGCAGAUGCCAUCAUCUCUGCUGGAGGUGACGGGACAAUGCUACUUGUUGCCAGUAAGGUUUUAAGCAAGGACAAACCAGUUGUUGGAGUAAACACAGACCCUGAGAGGUCAGAAGGUCAUCUGUGUCUGCCUGUGCGGUACACUCAUGCCUUCCCAGAGGCUCUGGAGAAACUCAGACGUGGUGAGUUCAGGUGGCUCUGGCGUCAGAGGAUCCGGCUGCAUCUAGAAGGUACCGGAAUCAACCCGACCCCGGUGGACCUGCACGAACAGCAGCUGAGCCUGGAGCAGCACAACCAAGCCCACCGCAUCACCACCAUGGACAGCCAGCGGAGGACAGGAACACUACACGAGAGCUUCUCCAAGCCUAGUCUGCUCCCCAUCAGAAGCCUGAAUGAAAUUUUCAUCGGAGAAUCUCUGUCCUCCAGGGUGAAGUUAAAAUCCUUCAAACUCCAUGUCAAACUCUUGCUCCAUAGGGCUUCUUACUAUGAGAUCUCAGUGGACGACGGGCCGUGGGAAAAGCAGAAGAGUUCAGGACUGAGCAUUUGUACGGGAACAGGAUCCAAAGCCUGGUCUUACAAUAUCAACAAACUUGAUGGACAAUCUGUGGAGGAGGUUUUAAAAAUUGGAAAGGCCCAAACAGGUCUAGAAAUCCCACUUAAUCCUGAAUUUAUUGAAAAGGUUACUGAACAAUAUAACGAUUCCCUGGUGUUCAGUCCUGAGGACAGACGCUUGUUGUUCAGCGUCAGGGAGCCCAUUGUCAACAGAGUGUUCUCCAGCGGCCAGCAGAGAGGCUUCGCCAACAAGGUGUGCGUUCGCUCGCGGUGCUGGGACGCCUGCAUGGUGGUCGACGGCGGGACCUCGUUCGAGUUCAACGACGGCGCCAUAGCAACAAUCAGCAUGAGCGACGAAGAUCAGCUCCGCACCGUGGUCCUGGAGAACUGAGACAAGUCCGGUUUUCUGCGGAGCUAGCAGUGUUUCUAAAGGGAAGUUACCAACGUUUAGCCUCCACCGGUGUUGAAGAUUUUUUUAUACCUGACAAAAAAGGUAUCAAUGUUACUAAAGGCUUCUUGUUUUUCUUUUCUUUUUUUUUAUAUUGUGGAAUGUGCUUUUUUCCCCCAAUUAUUAAUUAUUAUUAUUAUUUUUGUUCUUUUUAAUCUUCCAUCCCACCACCCCCAGGACAGGUUCUAAUCAGUUCUAUACAGGCUUUUAAGUGUCUUUCACUGCAUCCAAUCAACAGUGAGUCUGUCAGCAGAGGCAGGAAUGAUACAUCAGGUAUAAGGGUGGCUUGUUUUCAUGAAAUUGUAAAUAUGUUUCAUUUUCACAUAUGAUUUUGGUCCUGUUUGGUCCCUGCAGUGACUUCCUGUCAUUGUGUCAAUAAAAUAGAUACUUAGCCAUGAGGAUGAUGAUGUUGAUGAUGAUGAUGAUGAUGAUGAUGGUGCAUGUUAAGGGAUCAGAGUGAAAUGAACAGAUUUUGAUGUGCUUUCACACCUGUCUGGCUCAUUGGUUCAUGACUUUUAAAGAAUAAGGUUGAGGUUAUGCUAUAUUUUCUUAUUGUCAGCGUUUCAGUCCCUUUCUCAAUCACAUCGGUUUAUAAUGAUGCGUUUCAUUUUUGAAAACUGCUUGGUCAUUUCCUGAAACAGCUCCUCACUGAUGUAAAAAAAAAAAAAAAAAGUAAAAUGGUAGAAAAUACUACAUUUAAUGGGGAUUAUUUUAAGCGGUGGAUGAAUACACAUUUUUUUGCUCUAUUGAGUAUUUCCAGCAGCAGGAUGGUGUAUGUAGAAUUGACUCAACAUAAACUACAGUGUGUGUGUCCAUAGUGAUGAAGGAACAUGUCAACCACUGCAACAGUGUGAGUCAUUGAUGAGAUGUAUUAGUUUGUGGACAAUAAUAAUAAUAAGAUACAUCAGACUUUGUUAGUCCAUUGACGUUAAGAAAAAUAGAGAAUAUGACCCAUGUCUUAUCUGUUAAAGUCAGUCACAUGUAUGCAGAGAGUAUAUAAAAGUAAAUCUUUAUAUGGUGAACUGAA